CGGCGAAAGCGGCGAACACGACAGAGGCAUCGGUUUAAUGCAGGAUGAGGUAUGAAUGCCAAUGUCGUGUCACCGGCAUCGGAAAUGAAAAAUUAGUGCAGCCGCGAGAAAAGAGUGGGCGCGGACUCACACCCGGACGGACAGGGGGCGGGUGGGGACGCCGCCGUGUGCACGACAAGCUUUGCCGAUUAUUGCACGAUUUUGCGAGCCAUGUCCGCUAAUCACGGUGGCCAGGCGGACAGGGGGCGGCAGGGGUUUCAAUCUUUCGAGCUCUCACACACACACACACAAAAAAAAUGAUUUUGAGAAAAUACAAUUGUACUUAAGUAAAAUGUAUAGUGGUAAAGUAAAUGCCUCAUUUCAUUUGUGGAAUACAAACUGUUAGCACACCGGUUGUUCAAAAAAAUACAAACAAAAUUGUUAAGAAAAGUUCAGUCAAUUUAAAUUUCUAACUUGUUCAAAAAUGCAGCUUUUCUUACCUGUAUUGGCCUCCAUUGGGAUGCAAGAGGUAUAAAUGCGAAUGCGGAUGGCGUGUCAAACGGCGCCCAAAAAAUAAAAUUACUAACGGCCGCUAGAAAGGUGUGGUGGACGGGCUGAUUAUCCUGCGGGUGCGGGGGGUGGGGGCGGCGCGGGCGCACGCUAAGCUCUGCCCACUAGUGCCAGACUUGCGUUGCGAGCCGAGCACGGCGACACCCGGUCAGAGUGGCCGGCCCCGCAGCAGGAUGCAGGAUGGCGACGACGCCGCGGGUCCGCGGCCUGGUGCCGGUGCUGGCCCCGCUGGCGGCCCUCGUGCUCUGCGCGUCCGCGGCCCGGAGGAUCACCGACAGCACGUACCUCGUGCUGCGGCCCAAGUUCGUCCGGCCGUGCGAGGGAGAGCCGGACAACGCCAUGAAGUCGGUGGACGUGACGUCCGAAAUGCGCGGCCGCACCACCGUCGUCUUCCACGCCAACAUGACCUUCACGCGGACGGCGGACAAGUGGCACAAGGGCUACUGCGCCGUCGAGAAGUGCGACCAGACCGUGUCCGCGGCCACGUGCAAGUUCUACCGGCCGAUCGAGACCCCCGAGAUCUGCAGCUACAUGAUGAACCCCGCCAUGCCCUGGUUCAAGAUCGUCGACAGCGUACAACCCAAGCUGAGCUGUCCCAUCGCCAAGGGCACGUACAAGCUGUCCAACGGCACGGUGUCCAUGGACCUGGUCAGCGCCGCGAGCGGCACCCUCCGUCUGGAGGGCCCCAUCUGGCGCGGACGCUGCCACAUCGUCAACUCGCGGGGGGUCUUGCAGUUCUGCAUAGACGCCGCCACCGAUUUGUUCCGAGUGCGGAAACGGCCGAAGCCCAGCUAGAAUUGAUUUUGCGGUUCGACGUUGAUGCGAAGCCUGUUACCUCGAUCUUGGGGACAAAGAUCGAUGUCGAACUCAGUGAUAAUCGAUGGCAGUAAAUCGAUCUCAAACCGAAUAAUAA